UAUAUACCGUUUUGGUAUUUAAAUGUAUCGUCGACAAUCGAUUGAUUGCUUGUCAUUGUGGAAAAAGAAGAAGACAGAAGAAAUUCUUUUUCAACUUGACGCAGCUGAGUGAGGUCGACAAUAUCUGCAAAAAUGGUGUUUUAUCUAAAACAUGUUUUAACUGACCAACGCUUUAACCUGGGCAAUGGUAUUCAUUUUCUGGGAGACAGCGGAGAAUGCAAUGUAAUACUAACUUACGACAAUAUGUCCGAUAUCCAAGCCGUCGUGGUUGUAAGUAAUGGAAGGAUUUUCCUUAAAGACAUGGAAUCCACCCAUGGCACAUAUCUGAACUCUACGGAACAGCGCCUUGGCACUGCCUUCUAUGAACUUUUCGUUGGCGAUAAUGUGUCCUUUGGGGUCGGGGCAUUCGGACACGAACCGGACACUCCGCCGACCUACGGAUGCUUCACCCUUAGGUCGGAUGAGAUAGAUUUUGUUCUGGACCUCUCCAAUUCUGCUGCCUACGAGCUCGAUUACGCUUUAGACAUGGAAGACAUGGAGGAGGACACCGAGGAGGACAACGAGGAGGACACCGAGGAGGACAACGAGGAGGACAACGAGGAGGACAUGGAGGAGGACAUCGAGGAGGACAUGGAGGAGGACACCGAGGAGAACUUCUUCUGGACCACAUAAAACAAGUGCAUGACAAGACGCUAUACAGACAAAAUCCGCUCAUAGUUAUAGGGUGACUUUUUAAUACUCUAUGCCUUUUUAAUACUCUAUAUCUAAAUACACUAACCGAAAAGAAUGGCUAGCUUUAAAGUU